UGAAAAUAUUUUUGUAUCCAAGUGACGACAAAAACAAUCGAUAAUCAAGUUUAUGUUUGACAGAUAAAACCGGGAUGUUUUGAUUCCGAUAGUUCCUGAACGCAGCAUCAUCAUCCUUCUUCAUCGUCUGUCGAGCAGCGCCAUUGUGUCUUCUUUCUUUCCCUGGCGAGCUUUACUAAAUUAUAACUGCGCCACCAUGGACAUGGAUCCGGCUCAGGAACAGGACCAGGCGGGUGUGGAGCUGCAGCCUGCGGCGAACAAAGACGUCCCGCCGGGCCAAGCCGAGCCUCAGCGCCAGCAGGCUGCGGAUGCUGAUGCGACGGAGGCCGAUGUGAGCGAGGUGGUUCUGGACCAGGAGGACCAGGAGAAGCAACCCAUGACCGCAGGAGGAGAGGCUGCUGAAGCCGGCGAGGCUGUUGCCCCUGAGGGGGAGAAGAACGGCUUCGUGAAGGUGAAGAUGGAGGAGGAGGAGGAGGAGGAGGAGGAGAAGUUCACCGGUCUCAACAAGGAGGAGCUGCUGCGAGUGGCGGGAACACCUGGGUGGGUGCGCACACGCUGGGCGCUGCUAGUCCUGUUCUGGCUGGGCUGGUUAGGCAUGCUGGGCGGGGCUGUGCUCAUCAUCCUGCAGGCGCCGCGCUGCCGGGACUUGCCCGCCACCUACUGGUGGAACCAGGGACCGCUCUACCAGGUGGGACGGGUGCAGUCCUUCACGGACGCCGGCAACCUCCAAGGUGUGCGCAGCAAGGUGGACGCCCUGUCUCGGCUCGGGGUCAAGAGUCUGGUGAUCGGCCCCGUGCACGUGGCACCGCCGGACGACGCCAUGGGUCUGAGCUUUGAGGAGAUCUCGCCCGACGCCGGCAGCUUGGAGCAGCUAAAGGAGCUGUUGCACGCCACGCACAGGAAGGGCAUAAUGGUGGUUCUGGACCUGACACCAAACUACCAAGGAUCUACUGGCGCCUGGUUCUCCAACGGCACCGUGACCGUGGUCGCCGAGAAGCUGAAGUCUGCACUGGUGUUCUGGUUCAACCAAGGCGUGGACGGCGUGCAGCUGUCUGAGGUGGAGCGUGUGGCCGCCAUGGUUCCAUCCUCGUGGGCUGACAUCCGGGCCAUCGUCCAAAACGGGACCAACGAUCGUCCCACAAAGCGAGUUCUGAUCGGCGUGACUGAACGCCACUCGGCCCAAGACGUGUCCGACCUGCUGUCCUCCACAGGUGUGGACCUGCUGACGUCCAGGGUCCUACUACCCUCGGACCCUGCCGAGUACGCCCAGUCCAUUUGGAGCUUAUACUCCGCCCACGCUCAGAGCCGGCUGGCGUGGAAUGUGGGGGGGCGGAGCCAGGGGCACAUGGCCUCGCUGGUGGGCCCGGCACUGCUCCGACUGUACCAGGUCCUCCUGUUCACGCUGCCCGGCACACCUGUGGUCAACUAUGGAGACGAGAUCGGCCUGACAGACCAAGACUCAACGUUUCCCACAAUGCUUUGGGACUCAGACGAAGAACUUAACGGGACCCUGCAGGAGGAGAGAGAGCGCCGCACGUCUAGUCGCAGUUUCUUCCGCCGCCUGAGCGAGCUGCGUGUGAAAGAGCGCUCCCUGCUGGUGGGAGACUUGGUGCCGCUCUUCAACUCCUCGUCCUCGCUGGCGUACAUGCGCGUCUGGGACCAGAGCGCACGUUACCUAGUCGCCAUCAACUGGGCCGAGCAGGAGGCGGAGCUGGAGUUGAAGCACCAGGCCCUGCCCCCGCAGGCCGACGUGGUCCUCGCCACCAACGCGACGGCCGACGGCCGCGUGCACCCGGCCAGGCUGCGUGUGGGCGCCAGGGAGGCGCUGCUCCUCAAGUUUCCCUACGCCGGCUAGAAGCAUUGUUGUCAUUGUUAGCGUGUUAGCUGUGUCAAAGUAACAGGAAAUAAAUAUGUCCGCUGACUACUUUUCUCAUGCAUUUGGCUCCGCCCACUCGCCAAUGAAACCAAGCAAGUGAAUUCGUUUUAUUGCCGACUCCUCACU